CGCAAGAGGCCGACAUUUCCCACAAGAGCCUAAAUUCGGUUUCACUCAUCGUUCGCCAUCUUCUACAUUCAUCGAAGUAUCUUUCUUACCAUUGCUGACGCUCUAUCGUCCGCGUUGUGGUGUCUUGAAUAAUUUUGAGUACCCCUCAGUCCUCACACCACACGGUGCCCCACCCGUCUCAUCGGAGCCGAGCUCCCAAAUUCAACCCGUAAGAUGGUGAAUUUGUACUUUGCGCCAGAUGCGCAGCUUUUACACUCGGAUCGGCUGGUCUUAGACGUCUUGACAAAAGACUACAAUCGCUAUCAAGCAAAGCAUGGUUCUGAAGCUGAGAAAACAAAGCUUCGCCAUGAUUCUGCGUCGCCCGAAGAUGCCAACGAGUUACAGGAGAAAAGUAUUGCAAAGCUUAAAUCCGUCAAUAAUCCUAAAAGCAAAGACUUCGACCCCACUGUCUUUGUCACCUGGGACCUUCCGGACACCAAUGUUCCUCCAUUCCUCAAAAAAUGGAUUCUAGACCCCUACAUUCGCUGGGCUCGGCUCAUUGUCCGCUUCGAAACUGACGUCGUCAUGUUAACCCAUCUAUUCCUGUAUCUCUUCACUACCAUCCCAUCCGCUCUCUACCUUUUCUAUGACUUCCAUUGGUGGCAUGGCCCGCUCCACUUUGUAAUGCAAGUAUACUUCAUGGGCACCUACACCCUGAUGAUGCACCAACAUAUCCAUCAGCGCGGUAUCCUGGCCAAGAGAUAUGCAUUCAUUGACCAUCUCUUCCCCUAUAUUACCGAUCCCUUGAUGGGUCAUACUUGGAACUCCUAUUUCUUCCACCACGUCAAGCACCACCACAUUGAAGGCAACGGGCCCAACGAUCUCUCUUCCACUGUACGGUACCAGCGCGAUGAUGUGUGGCACUUCCUCCAUUACGUUGGGCGAUUUUACUUCCUAAUCUGGUUCGACCUUCCACGGUACUUCUUGAGCACGAGGAAACCCGGUUUGGCGCUCAAGGCUUGUACAUGCGAGAUCAUGAACUACGUUUUCUUGUACAUCAUGUUCAAAUAUGUGAAUAGCCGAGCCACGACCUUCGCGUUGCUGAUGCCGUUGUUUACGAUGCGAUUAGGCCUGAUGAUUGGGAAUUGGGGACAACAUGCUUUUGUAGAUGAGGUAUCGCCGGAUUCGGACUUUAGAUCAAGUAUUACGCUCAUUGAUGUGCCCAGCAACCGAUACUGCUACAACGAUGGCUACCACACCUCGCACCACCUCAACCCUCUGCGUCACUGGCGCGACCACCCAGUCUCCUUCCUCAUCCAGAAACAGCAGUAUUCCGAUGAACACGCGCUGGUGUUCUACAACAUCGAUUACUUGAUGAUUACCUUCAACCUCAUUACUAAAAACUACAUGCACCUUGCUAAAUGCCUUGUGCCUAUGGGUGAAGCUCAGAUGAAAUUGUCCAUGGAGGAAAGAGCGGAGAUGUUGAGGAGCAAGACGAGGAGGUUUAGUGAGGAGGAGAUUGCGGAGAAGUGGGGAAAACAGUAUGCGCGGUUGAAGAAGUGAGGGUGGAUUGAGUAGAAGUUGAAGACUUGCUAAAUAUAUAUUGCAUAGGUACUGAAGAUCGAAUGGGCAUGGGAUUUAUUCCGAAUUAGGUUUCUCUCGAAAAGACGUUUUGUUUCAGAUAAUCUAAAUUCUGUAUAUAAUGUCAAUACAAAAAC